UCUCAUAGGUGUCAUUUUCUUGUGUUUGGUGUGGAAAUCUGAAGAAUAUAUACUCCCCUGUUCCCUCGUGUUCCAUGAGCGACCCUUUCCUCGAAGGUUACACAUCACGGGCUUCAUCUCUUCACAUUGUUACAAUGUCGGAACUACGUGAACGCAAGCCGGCGGCGAAGGUAGCGGAAGCGGCAUCAGCCAUUGUCGAGAGAGACGACAAAAAGAACCGCAAAGACAUUGAUCCACGGCCUCCGCUCGACGUAGAGCCCAACCCAGUCGUCCUCGCGGGCCUCUUUGUUCUCUUUAGCAUCGUCGUGGGUAGCCUGAUCUUCUACAAAUCCGAUAAUGCCAACGGCGGACCCUUCGCAAGCUGGGUGAACCAGAAGUUCCCCAUCAUCGACCGCACCCUCAACCGGGCCGAAGGCGCACCACUCUUCGGCGCCGCCGCUGCAGAGAUCCCCUCGAAGACCUUCACCGAAGCCGAACUCCGCGCCUUCGACGGCAGCGAGCCCGAAACCCCAAUCUACCUCGCCAUCAACGGCACUGUCUAUGACGUCUCCAUCUCACCCUCCUUCUACGGCCCAGGUGGGCACUAUCACCACUUCGUCGGCCGCGACGCCACGCGCGCCUGGCUGACCGAAUGCUGGGACUCGCCUGACCAGCUAACCUGGCGACUCGACGGCCUGCUCGAGACGCUCUACACGCCGAGCUAUCUCGACGAGCAACUCGAGGAUGUACACUUCGGCCGCUGGGACCCGGCGUCUUCCAACGAGAACUUCAAAUUCCCACCGGAGACGAUGAAAACCCUCGCGAAGCGCGCCAUGGAACGGCUAGGCAGCGUGACCGACAGCGAGAAGGCCAAACGCCGCGCGGAGGAUCCCAUCACGGCGCAGAAGAACCUCGACGCGGCGCUGGCCAAAUGGGUGAAUUUCUUCGCCGGCAGCGACAAAUACCCGGCCGUCGGAACCGUGGUCCUCGAUGAGAAGAACACCCCCGCACCCCCGGCGAUCUGCGAGGCCGCGAAGAAGAAGAAGCCCUUCCUCGGCGGGAAGAUGGAUGCGCUGAUGGGCAAUCUGGGAUUGGACACGGGCCUGAAGGCGGCGGCGAAACACUUCGGGGGGAAACCCAUCGGGAAGGAUGGCAAGGUUGUGGGCGAGGACGACGAUGAGGAGGGAUUCCCUAAAGGCAUGCCGGAUCACAUCAAGGCGCAGAUCCGUCGUGAUCGGGCGGAGCGUGAGGCGGAGGACGCGGAGAAGACGAAGGCCGAGGGAGGACGCGCUGCUGGGAAGGAGGAGCCGGUUGUGGAAGAGGUGGAUUUGAGUGCGGGUGAAGAGGACAAGAUCACUUCUCAUGAGGAGCUAUGAUUUAUGGAGGAAGAACUGUGUAGACGAGAUCUUUAAUGAUGUGAAAUGAAGGCCGCGAAAUAUGAGAAUAUCAUCAUGCGAACCGAAAGAACCGAAGGCCAGCUACCAUUUUCCGC